AUGGGCCGCGCGCACGGCUUCGAGAGCCUCGAGGGCGACGACGCCUGGCACUGCGACGCGCUAGGGCGCAAGGUGCCCGCGAUCAAGCGGGCGACCAUGGCCGCGAUCCCCGAGGUGCUGCUCCUCGGGCUCUCGCGGGUCCGCUUCGUGGACGGCGCGCGCGUCAAGGUCGAGGGCCCCUUCGCGAUCCCGGAGCACCUCGACGUCGGGCACUGGAUCCACGACGGCGUCGAGGGCGCGACGGACUACGCGCUCAGAUGCGUCGUCGACCACAGGGGCACGGCGUCGGGGGGGCACUACGUCGCGCACGCCGCGCGUGACGGCCGCUGGCGCCGCUGCGACGACGCGCGCGUGGGCUUCCUCGAGCCCGGCGACGUCGACGAGCUUCUCGGGCGCGGCGCGAGCGACGACCCCGUGACGCCGCCGAAGCCCGAGACGAGCGCCGGGGCCGGGGGCCUCGAGGACGCGCCCGCGCCGCCGCGGAAGCGCGACGGCGCCGCGUGCCUCGUGCUCUACGCGCGGAACGCCCUGCCCCCGCGGGACGAGGCCUUCCCGCCGGACUCGGAGAUGGCCGCCGUCGCCGUCGAGGACGCCCAGCGCGAGCGCCACGCGCGCGUCGAGUCCAUCCGGAAACGCGCGACGAAGCUGUCGGUCCGCCGGAAGACGGGCAAGGCCCACGGCCCGCCCGUCGUCCUCUGGGCCUCGAAGGCCUGGACCCUGGACCGGGCGGCGUCGGCGGCCUUCGCCAAGUGCGGCGCCGGCGACGCCGCGGGCAACGCGCCCGCGCUCCGGCGGCUCCGGGUCUGGGACCCGGCGCGCAAGUCGGGCGGCAAGACGUUCCGGUCCAAGGACGACACGUCGUCGCUGGAGGCGCUGGGUUUAGCCCCGGCGGCGGACCUCGUGUUGGAGACGCGGAAGCGCGACGACCCGCCCUUCGGCCACUUCGACCCGCGCGCGGCCACGCUCGCGCUCCGGGUCUGGGCGGGCGGCGACGCGCGGCUCGCCGCGGCCGCGCUCAACAACGCGUCCGACGACGACCUCGAGGCCGCGGGGUUGACCUGCCGCGACGUGCGCCUCUCGGGGACGGCCCAGGACUCGGCGGAGGGCAUCGCCGGUGCCGUCGCGCGCGCGCUCGGCCUCGAGCCCGCGGAUCUGGAGCCCGCGAACGUCGCGCGGCUGCGCACGGACAUGGACGGCGUCGACGCCCUCGCCGUCGACCGCGACGCGCGCCUCUUCGGCGGCGACGAGCUGCUGGUGAGCGGGCCCGAGGCGCCGCCGGUCUGCGAGGUCGUCGCCGCGUUGUCGCGGCGGCGGAACGCGCUGGCCGUCCGCGUCGUCCUCAAGGCCGCCGCGCCGGGCGAGGCGGCGCCGGCGGACGCGGCGCCGGACCGGGAGGUGACCCUGGAGGCCGCGGCGACGUGGACGUUGGGCGACCUCAAGCACGCGGCGAUCCACCUGCUCGACCUCAAGGCCGCGGACGAGUACCACGUCAAGCCCCCCGAGCGCCGCGCGGCGCGCCGCGUCGACGAGGCCGCGACGCUGCGCGACGCCGGCGUCAAGCGGGCGACGCCGCCGACGACCUGCGUCAUGCUGCCCGGCCCGCCCCGGGAGCCGGGCUUCUUCGGCGUGAAGCUGCUGCUCUACGACGCGAAGAUCGCCGCGACGCACGCGCCGCACGACUCCUUCUCGAGCGGCGUCCGCGUCGUCGCCCACGAGCAGGCCACGGUGCGCGACCUGCGGAGUUUGGUCGCCGAGAAGCUGAGCGACAUGGCCGACGGCCUCGUCAAGCCCGUGCCGAAGCGCCUCGCGAACGCGCUGUCGGCCUUCGACACCGUCGACAUCCGCCGCGUCCGCCUCCGCGAGCGCCAGCCCAAGAGCCGCUACGCGGGCAAGCAGCUCCGGGACACGAUGACGCUGAAGAAGGCCAUCCCGGACAUGGAGAGCGACGCGGGCGAGGUCGCGCUCCAGAUCGACCCGAAGGGCUUCGACGACGCGGGCGACGAGGGCACGUGCGCGAUCGUGCUAUUGAUGCGCGCGGGCGACAACCACGUCAUCGAGGCCGUCGUGGACCGGCGGGCCACCGUCGCCGACUUUGACGCCGUGGCGAAGCGGGCGCUCGGCGACGACGACGCGGUCGUCUCCGUCGGGCGCGCGGGCGCGCGCGGCAAGGUGACCUGGCAGACGCUCAGCGGCCUCGAGCAGGACCUGCCCGCGGGGCGGCCGCCCUACAGCCUGCUGCGCGAGGCGUCGCCGGCGCUCCUCCUCCGCGACGCGGCGGCCGACGGCUCCGACGGCCCGCCGCCGGCCGACGACGUCGCCGCGCCCGCGCUGCCGCCCAAGUCCACGCCGAAAGCGCCGGGCCGCAAGUCGCGCAACCCGCGGCCGCGCCGGCCCGAGCCCACGCUCGCCAUCACCGUCGCCGAGCCCGCGGCGAGCGUCUCCGCGGGCGGGCCCCGGCGGCCCUCGAACCGGCCCGAGCCCCGGAACACGACGAGGUGA